AAUAAAACAAGAUGGUAAAGACAACUAUUAUUGCUCGUAUUUCAGAUGGUCUUCCAUUAGCUGCUAGUAUGGAUGAUGAACAGGUUGAAACUGAGUUAGCUGAAUAUAAAGGACAAGCAAAGACUAUCUUUAAGCGUCUCAACAUCAACUCUGAACCGAGAUGUUCUAUUGAGUCUGGCAAAUACGCGUUCCAUUAUAUCAUUGAAGGAAGUGUAUGCUAUCUUUGUAUUUGUGAUCAAUCUUAUCCUCGUAAACUGGCAUUUAGUUACUUGGAAGAACUAGCCAAAGAAUUCAACAUGAGUUAUGGUAAUGAAGUAGAUAAGCCAGGAUUAAGACCCUAUGCUUUUGUCAAGUUUGACACAUUUAUGCAAAAGACAAAACGUAUCUAUCAAGACACACGCACCCAAAGUAACUUGGCCAAGUUGAAUGAAGAUCUACAAGAUGUUACUCGUAUCAUGACCAAGAAUAUGGAGGAUUUAUUAUGGCGUGGAGACAGUUUAGACCGAAUGAGUACUGUUUCAGGUGAAUUAAAGGACAGUGCAAAAAUGUUCAAGGAUAAAGCGCGUCAUUUAAAUCUACAGGCUUUGUAUCGUAAAUAUGGUCCACCUGUUAUCAUUGCUACUGUCAUUCUGUUUGUCUUUCUUUUACGUUAUUACUUUUUUUAACUCUCCUCUUUAAAAAAGAAAGAAAUGUUGGGAAUGAAAAUAAAUUU